AUGAUUUCUCAAACAACUUGCCUUGAUUUCAUUCCUCAAAUCUGUCAGAUCCUUCACUCCGAUGGAUUCCUCCGCAGAUGGCCCAUUUUGGGGUCCCCAGACAUCCUAUCUCAAGACUAUGUAAUAACCCGGUACAUUGCUGAAUUUGUAAACACAUUUAGCAGCUUGAUAUUCGUCAUCUACGGAGUUUACGGUCUGGUGAAACUCUGCCAAAAGCAACAUGCCACCCUCAGUCGUACAAUCCCCUACUUUGGUCUGAUGGGCGUGGGCGCCUGCUCGGCCGGAUACCAUAUGACCCUAAAAUAUCACACCCAAAUGUCGGAUGAACUAUCAAUGCAUCUACUUGUCACGCCUCUUCUGUACCGGAUCUUUACUAUCCAGACUAGCCCGCAGCACACCAGACUCAUAGGCAUCCUCCUCCUUACUGAGUUUACUGUUGUGAUGGUGGUUCACAUGGUCAUGAACGAGUUCCUUCUCCAUGCCGUGACCUUCGGGUUGGGCGUCCUUUUGAUCGCGACACGGACAGUCAAACUGGUCUCCCAGCGGGUCCCGGAUCCUUUCACUCGGAAGAAGCUUCGGAACAUCGGCCUCUUCGGCGUCGGUAGCUUUCUCUUCGGCUACAUGGUUUGGCUGAUUGAUGAGUGGGCUUGCAACCCCCUGAUCCACAUCAGACACUCGGUCGGCUUGCCCUUGGCGUUUGUGUUCGAACUGCAUGGAUGGUGGCAUGUCUUCACCGCAAUUGGUGGCUACAUCGCGGUGGAGGUAGUGGACAUGAUCACGUCGGGUGAGGUCCACGAGGAUCCAACGGAUCAGCUUGCUUGGCCCGUUGCCGAUGUGGCAAGAUUUAUAGGGGGAGCACCAGGGACCAAGAAAUUGAAUUGA